GCGCGGGCGCGGCGGCCGAGGCGCGCAGCCGCCCGACGGGCUCCGGGGGCGCGGGGCCGGGAGCCCGCCGUCGGGGGUGUCUGCGGGGCCGGGCAGGGACCGGCCCCCGGCAGCCUGCCGCGGCCAGCCCGGCCCGGACCCCGCCGCACGGGGCAGGGGCGGCCCGACCCCCGGCCCCGGGCGCCAGGCCUGGGGUCCCCACCUGCUCCGCCGCGGACGGGCUCAGACCCGCGGGUCCCACGGCGGCGACGCUGGGGCGCUCCAGAAACAGCGCGCGGGCCCCCGACGUGGAGCGGAGGCCAGCCUCGCCGCAGGAACGGAGGAGAGGGACGCGAAGCUCGAGGCGUCCGGCCGCGGUGCUCGAUGCCCCUGGACUCUCUCCCGGGGGCUCUCGGCGGCGUCCGUGCUCGUGUGCACCCUCAGGAUCACCACGCAUCUGCUGCUGAGAGCUCAGGUCUCAUCCCCUUAAAGAAGAGCUCGUGGUCGCCCGUCCAGUGUGCCGUCGUCACUGUCCCGCGGAGAGCGGGGCCGCUCCACUCCGCAGCUGGUGGUGGAGACUUGCUGCGUGCCGGGCCUCUCUCUGUCGCCGAAAGUACGGAUUUGCAUAGGAUGAUGUCACUGUCAUCAAGGAACUCACAGUCCGUGUAAAGCAGACAGAUGACACUUCAGCAGCGAGUGCCGCCGCGUGAACUUGUGCAAACUACUAGGUGUGGCAAUUUCGGCAGUGGGGCGCAGAGGUCCCGGCAAGCCUUUCUGAAGGAGCUGCCAGCCCAUCUGGGGUUUGACAGAAGAAAAGAUAAGGCAUCGCCCUAAUUGCUUCCCGUGGGCAACUACUCAGGAGGAGACGUCUAUUUUGAGAGGUUGAAUGAGUUGGCCAAAGCCAGGGCACUUACGGAGAGCCACAAUGGAAAAGUCCUGGAUGCUGUGGAACUUUGUGGAAAGAUGGCUAAUAGCUCUGGCUUCAUGGUCUUGGGCUCUCUGCCGUAUUUCUCUUUUACCUUUAAUAGUGACUUUCCAUCUGUAUGGAGGCAUUAUCUUACUUUUGUUGAUAUUUGUAUCAAUAGCUGGUAUUCUGUAUAAAUUCCAGGAUGUAUUGCUUUAUUUCCCAGAGCAGCCAUCUUCCUCUCGCCUUUAUGUCCCCAUGCCGACUGGUAUUCCACAUGAAAACAUUUUCAUCAGAACCAAAGAUGGAGUGCGUCUAAAUCUUAUUUUGAUAAGAUACACUGGAGACAAUUCACCCUAUUCCCCAACUAUAAUUUAUUUUCAUGGAAAUGCAGGCAACAUAGGUCACAGGUUACCGAAUGCAUUGCUUAUGUUGGUUAACCUCAAAGUUAAUCUUUUGCUUGUUGAUUAUCGAGGAUAUGGAAAAAGUGAAGGAGAAGCAAGUGAAGAGGGACUCUACUUAGAUUCUGAGGCUGUGCUUGACUAUGUGAUGACCAGACCUGACCUUGACAAAACAAAAAUUUUUCUUUUUGGCCGUUCCUUGGGAGGAGCAGUAGCUAUUCAUCUGGCUUCUGAAAAUUCACAUAGGAUUUCAGCCAUCAUGGUGGAGAACACAUUUUUAAGCAUACCGCAUAUGGCCAGCACUUUAUUUUCAUUCUUUCCAAUGCGUUACCUUCCUUUAUGGUGCUACAAAAAUAAAUUUUUGUCCUACAGAAAAAUCUCUCAGUGCAGAAUGCCUUCUCUUUUCAUCUCUGGACUCUCUGACCAAUUAAUCCCACCAGUAAUGAUGAAGCAACUUUAUGAACUCUCCCCAUCUCGGACUAAGAGAUUAGCCAUUUUUCCUGAUGGAACACAUAACGACACAUGGCAGUGCCAGGGUUACUUCACUGCCCUUGAACAGUUCAUCAGAGAAGUAAUAAAGAGUCAUUCUCCUGAAGAAAUGGCGAAAACUUCAUCUAAUGUAACAAUUAUAUAAUGCUUUUCUUUUUGAUUAAUGCACUGUAUUUUAAUUCAUGCAGAAUGAUAAAGAAUGUUCCUUUCUAGAAGUGUGUUAUGUCUGUACUUGUCUGAAGAGUGACAUUAAACUUUGAAAGGACUUCAGUGCUCCCUUAAAAUGAUCCAAAUAGUUUUUUACAUUUGAAGAACUGUAAUUAUUGGGAUUAUUUCGUACAUUCUCAUCGAACCUUUCAUUGUGGUUAUGUAUCCAUAUCUUUAGUUUAAUAUGCUAUUAUAAUAGCGUAUUAUAUUCAAAAGUUUCUUCUUGCUAAAGUUGUAUAAUCUGUGUGACACUUAGAUGAAUGACUAAGUGUAGAAGGAGACAUGUAAACGAGAAACCUUUGGGUAUUAUUCCUUUAGUAACUAUUGGGACAAUCAUGGUACAAACUUAGUUCUGUAAUUGCAUUUUUCACCUUAAAGUUAAAAUGAAAUGCAUGAUGGUAUUUUAUUCCUUGACUUAUGCAAUGCAGUGUUUUUAAUGUAAAUAGUACUGGUCAUAUACCAAUGUAUAUGGUAACCUGGGUUAUAUCUAUUUUUAUGUAAACUCUAUUUUGUUUUUAGCAAGAAAUGAAAUUAAGGCCUGUGUGCAGGUUGCCAUUGAAUUUUGCUCUGGUGAAUGCUGAGAUCCAGCUUUUUCUUACAAAUAAAUGGGACCCCAUUUUCCAAUAUAAAUAAAUGUACCGUGUUUUGUUAGGUACAGUCUGGAUCAUGGCAUGUAAAAAUAGCAGUUGAGAAUUUUACUGCCGCUUUGAUGUGCAUAUUUGAACUUUUUAACAUUUGUAAUUUUGGUGGCGAAGAGAAUUUUAGCUUCUGUCAAUUUUGUAAGUCUACAGCUGAACCACUAGUAGCAGUCAUAGUGAAGAUUAGAAUCUGUUUAAGAAUUAAUUAGGAAGUCUUAUCAUUACAUUGUUGUACAUACUAUUUUGCAAGAAUUCCCACAUUUGAUCUUUAAGUCCAGGUAUCUAGGUAUAUCUGUCCCACUAAAGCCAAGAUAUCAUUUAUUGGACUUGCUGAAAAUAAAAGAAAAACAAAAGUAAGUGAAAACCAUAUUCUUUGGUUUAAUGUUUCAGCUAUGAAAUAGAAGAACUGCAUCAGGGGACAGCUUUAGGGAGUGUUAUUCAUUUAUUUCCUACAUGUGAGAUCAUAGAACCUGUUACCACAUUUAACAGUUAAAUGGCUGUAAGUGGGAGGUAGUAUCUAGACAUAGAGAAGAGUAAGAAAAA